UAUUGAUGAAUAAAAACAAAAUCAAAGAUACGUACUAAUGUACUACUAUACAAUAUCUAGUAGUGUUGAAAAAGUUAGGCGAAGAAGCAGGUUAAAUAGGUAAUAGUGUAUGUGUGCAUGUCUAUCCAAUUCCCAGCUUCCGUUCAUUAACAUUCCUCUUCUACAAAUCCACCUUCUUCCUCUCUUAAUUUCAUCACAGCAAAUAAAAUAAAAAUAUGAUUCUCAAAAGUGUGAGUAGCAGAAUCUUACGCCAGAUUAGAGCAACGCCUUCAUAUAAAUCACAGAUCGGAGUGAGGUAUUUGGGGAGUCAAGCUGCGUCUCCUCUGCAAGAAGGCUGCGAAAGCGGCGUGGAGGAAGAGAUGGAGUGGGACAAUCUUGGAUUCGGUUUAAUGCAGACUGAUUAUAUGUAUGUAAUGAAGUGUGGAGAAGACGACGAGUUCCAGCCUGGUCAACUCAGCCGUUUCGGGAAUAUCGAGUUGAGCCCUUCUGCUGGAGUCUUAAAUUAUGGACAGGGAGUUUUCGAAGGCACGAAAGCUUAUCGAAGAGAAAAUGGCGGUCUCUAUCUGUUCCGCCCACAAGAAAACGCUAUUCGCAUGCAAAUCGGCGCCGACAGAAUGUGUAUGCAAUCUCCCUCAGUUUAUCAAUUCAUCCAUGCCGUCAAACAAACCGCUCUCGCCAACCGCCGAUGGAUUCCUCCGUCGGGAAAAGGAUCUCUUUACAUUCGGCCUCUGCUCAUAGGUAGCGGGCCGGUGCUGGGUCUGGCGCCGGCUUCCGAGUACACAUUUUUGGUGUAUGCUUCUCCAGUUGGAAACUAUUUCAAGGAAGGAACGGCGCCGAUCAACUUGUACGUUGAGGAUGAGUUCCAUCGCGCUGCUCGCGGCGGUGCUGGAGGUGUGAAGAGCAUCACGAAUUAUGCGCCGGUGUUGAAAGCCAUGAGGAGAGCCAAGGAUAAAGGAUUCUCCGAUGUCUUAUACCUCGAUGCAAAGAAUAAAAGAGACAUUGAGGAGGUCUCAUCUUCUAAUGUCUUCAUGCUCAAGGGCAAUGUUAUCUCCACUCCGCCCACCAAUGGAACUAUUCUUGAAGGAAUUAUGCGUAAAAGCAUCAUGGAGAUUGCACGAGAUCUUGGUUAUCAGGUUGAGGAGCGUUCUAUUCCAAUUCAAGAAUUACUUGAUGCUGACGAAGUUUUCUGCACUGGAACCGCAGUUGGUGUUGCUCCUGUAGGAAGUAUUACAUACAUGGGUAACAGGGUUGAAUAUAAGAAGAGCCCUGAGCUUGAGUGCCUGAAACUUCAUUCAAGACUUGUUGGGAUCCAAAGAGGCGAGAUCGAGGAUAGCAGGGGAUGGUUGGUUGAAAUUGAAUGAUCACAUAACUUUGUUAGUGUAUUUUAUGAAUGUAAAUAAGAUAGCCAGAAUUGGUGUAAAAUCCCCAUUUCAUUAAGCUAUCAUGGAUAUGUUGCUAAA